CGUCGGGGGUGCGAGCUUGGCGGGGGUGGGUCGGCGGCUCCGGGGGCCCGAGGGCGAAGCUCGGGCGUAAGCCGGGCCGGCGACAUGGACGUUCUGAAGUCGGAGAUCCUCCGGAAGCGGCAGCUGGUGGAGGACAGGAACCUGUUGGUGGAAAAUAAAAAGUAUUUCAAGCGUAGUGAACUUGCGAAAAAAGAAGAGGAAGCCUAUUUUGAAAGAUGUGGCUACAAGAUACAGCCAAAAGAAGAGGACCAGAAACCAUUAACUUCUUCGAAUCCAGUGCUAGAACUUGAACUGGCAGAGGAAAAGUUACCCAUGACUCUUUCCAGGCAAGAGGUUAUCAGAAGAUUGAGAGAAAGAGGAGAACCCAUCAGACUAUUUGGAGAAACUGAUUAUGAUGCUUUUCAACGUUUAAGAAAAAUCGAGAUCCUCACACCAGAAGUUAACAAGGGGUUGAGGAAUGAUCUGAAAGCAGCUCUGGAUAAGAUUGACCAGCAGUACCUCAAUGAGCUUGUGGGGGGUCAGGAACCCGGAGAGGAAGACACACAGAAUGAUUUGAAAGUUCAUGAAGAAAACACCACAAUCGAAGAGUUAGAGGCAUUGGGUGAGUCUUUAGGAAAAGGCGAUGAUCAUAAAGACAUGGACAUCAUUACGAAGUUCCUUAAGUUCCUCCUGGGUGUUUGGGCUAAAGAGUUGAAUGCCAGAGAAGAUUAUGUGAAGCGCAGUGUACAGGGCAAACUGAACAGUGCUACUCAAAAACAGACUGAAUCCUAUCUCAGACCUCUUUUCAGAAAGCUACGGAAAAGGAAUCUUCCUGCUGAUAUUAAAGAAUCCAUAACAGAUAUUAUUAAAUUCAUGUUGCAGAGAGAAUAUGUGAAGGCUAAUGAUGCUUAUCUUCAGAUGGCCAUUGGAAAUGCCCCUUGGCCCAUAGGUGUCACCAUGGUUGGUAUCCAUGCCAGAACUGGUAGAGAAAAGAUUUUUUCUAAGCAUGUUGCACAUGUUUUAAAUGAUGAAACACAGCGGAAAUAUAUUCAGGGAUUGAAGAGGUUAAUGACCAUUUGCCAGAAGCACUUUCCUACAGAUCCAUCAAAAUGUGUGGAGUACAAUGCACUGUGAUAUCUGUGUGGUGUCUAAGUAACAAGAAACUGCAGUGGACGUGGUACCGACUUCAGGAAUCACCAGCAAGAGCGAGGGAAGAACAGUGCAGCCUCCUGUGGUUCCGUUCUCCCCAUGCUACUCUCUCGGUUAUAAGAAAUGGUGUUGGCUCUCCUGUCACCUCUGGCUGCAAACUGAUUUUUGUGUCAUUUACUAUAAAUAGGCAAGAAAUUAAAUUCUGAAGACUUCUCCUCGAAUUUAAAUGUGUAGACAACUGUCACAGAAGGGGGUCUAACGUGACCUCUUCCCUCUAGACCUGAGAGUUGGCAGUUAGAUGAUUAAAAAGGAACAUUUAAGGAUGGACUUAAUUUUUUCUGUAAAAUAUGAUAAUUUUCACAUUGUCUUUUAUGUAGCAUUUAUAAAAAGUAUUUUUAUAUAUUUCAACAAAAAUAUGGAACCAUUUAAUGAAACUUUAUAGUCCUUAAACGUUGCUGAACUUUUGCCAUCUUGCAAUAGAAUUGGAAUGUAAAUGUUAUUACUGUUAACUCAAGUGUUGUUUUUCUUGCAUUUCAAGGCUUGCUUUUACCUUCUAAGGAGUGUAAAUAUUAGUAUCUGUCACCUCUCGGGACAGAAAGAAUUAACAGGAAAUUGAAGUUCAAAAAA